GUCCUUCGACUUCGAUUUCUCCGAUCUCUCUCCCUCCGGCGCCGGCGAAACUAUGUCUCAGUCUAUCCAAUUCUCCACUCCUUCACGCACUCCUCAUCUUCUCAAUCUCCCUCACUCACAAUUCAACCGUCCUCUCUCCUCUAUCGCCUUCCGUCGCUUCCCUCUAACAACCAUCAAAUACACUUCCAUCAGAGCCUCUUCUUCUCCGUCUCCUUCACCGGAUCUUGAUUCAUCAUCAUCGUCGUCGUCGCAGGUACUUCUUUCUCCUAACGGUACUGGUGCUGUGAAGUCUGAUGAGAGAUCCGUUGCGGUUACGGCGGUUACGACGGAUACCGCUGGGAUUGAGGUUGAUACUGUGACGGAAGCUGAGCUUAAGGAGAAUGGAUUUAGAAGUACGAGAAGGACGAAGCUGAUUUGUACGAUCGGACCGGCUACGUGUGGAUUUGAGCAGCUUGAGGCGCUUGCUGUGGGAGGUAUGAACGUGGCGCGGCUUAAUAUGUGUCACGGUACUCGCGAUUGGCACCGCGGUGUUAUUCGUAGUGUUCGGAGGCUUAAUGAGGAGAAAGGCUUUGCGGUUGCUAUUAUGAUGGAUACUGAAGGUAGUGAGAUUCAUAUGGGAGAUCUUGGUGGUGAAUCUUCAGCUAAAGCAGAGGAUGGUGAGAUUUGGACUUUCACUGUUAGAGCUUUUGAUUCUUCUCGUCCUGAACGUACCAUUAGUGUGAGCUACGAUGGUUUCGCUGAAGAUGUAAGAGUUGGGGAUGAACUUCUAGUUGAUGGUGGGAUGGUGAGAUUUGAAGUGAUUGAGAAGAUUGGUCCUGAUGUUAAGUGUCUAUGUACCGAUCCCGGAUUGUUGCUUCCUCGAGCUAACUUGACGUUUUGGAGAGAUGGAAGUCUUGUACGAGAGCGUAAUGCCAUGCUUCCAACUAUUUCUUCCAAGGAUUGGUUGGAUAUUGAUUUUGGAAUUGCUGAAGGUGUGGAUUUCAUUGCUGUAUCGUUUGUCAAGUCAGCUGAAGUAAUUAAUCACCUGAAAAGUUAUCUUGCUGCUCGUUCCCGUGGAGGGGAAAUUGGAGUGAUUGCAAAGAUCGAGAGUAUCGAUUCAUUGACCAAUUUGGAAGAAAUUAUUCUAGCAUCAGAUGGAGCCAUGGUUGCAAGAGGAGAUCUGGGAGCUCAGAUACCUCUUGAGCAAGUUCCAGCAGCUCAACAGAGAAUCGUGCAAGUCUGCAGAGGGCUGAACAAACCUGUCAUUGUCGCUUCACAGCUACUUGAGUCCAUGAUUGAGUACCCAACUCCAACCAGAGCAGAAGUCGCCGACGUGUCUGAAGCAGUGAGACAAAGAUCAGACGCAUUGAUGCUCUCUGGAGAAUCAGCUAUGGGUCAAUUCCCAGACAAGGCGCUCACGGUUCUAAGGACUGUCAGUUUAAGAAUCGAGAGAUGGUGGAGAGAAGAGAAACGCCAUGAGUCUGUGCCACUUCAAGCCAUAGGCUCUACAUUUUCAGACAAAAUCUCAGAAGAGAUCUGUAACUCUGCUGCUAAAAUGGCUAACAAUCUUGGAGUGGACGCGGUUUUCGUCUACACAACAAGCGGACACAUGGCGUCAUUGGUCUCCCGAUGUCGCCCAGACUGUCCAAUCUUUGCUUUCACAACCACAACCUCGGUGAGAAGACGCUUAAACCUACAAUGGGGACUUAUCCCAUUCCGUCUCAGCUUCUCAGACGACAUGGAAAGCAACUUGAACAAAACAUUCUCGUUACUGAAAUCAAGAGGCAUGAUAAAAUCUGGUGACCUCGUGAUCGCAGUCUCGGACAUGUUGCAAUCAAUCCAGGUGAUGAACGUCCCGUAAUUUCUCCCUUUUUUACAAUUUCGCAAUCCCGCAAAGUCUUGUUUCCUACUUUGUUGCUGUUUUUAGACUACUCUUACAUUAGAAUCCAGAGGCAUCGUCAUCUUCGGUUUGUUAACAACAGUGGACGUGUGCCACGAAUGUGUAAGCUUUGUUUGUAGUGUACUGUUUGUUUUUGGUUUUCAAUAAUAUCAGUAAUCUUAU